AUGCCCUGCGGCAUAGGCGGCUCAAAAACAGUCCAGCGCAAGCUGGUCUUGCUUGGCGACGGCGCAUGCGGCAAGACCUCGCUAUUGAACGUCUUCACAAGAGGAUAUUUCCCCACAGUCUACGAGCCAACUGUGUUUGAGAACUAUGUUCAUGAUAUAUUUGUGGACAAUGUACACAUCGAACUUUCUCUCUGGGAUACCGCAGGGCAGGAAGAAUUCGACAGGUUGCGGAGCCUUUCAUAUGAUGAUACGGAUCUUAUCAUGCUCUGCUAUUCGGUCGACAGCAAAGACUCCCUCGAGAACGUCGAAAGCAAGUGGGUCGGCGAGAUCGCAGAUAACUGCCCCGGCGUGAAGCUGGUGCUGGUGGCUCUGAAGUGCGACCUGCGCGAAGCAGGCGACGAUGAUGAGGAUGGAGCGAAUGCGGCCGACCCGGACUCCGUCAGCGGGCCGCGCGAGAAGAAGCCCAUGAUCAACUACGACCAAGGGCUGGAGGUUGCCCGCCGCAUCAACGCCCUGAGAUAUCUCGAGUGCUCGGCCAUGCGCAAUAGGGGUGUGAAUGAGGCCUUCACUGAGGCGGCACGCGUCGCGCUCAGCGUCAAGAAGGACCGCGAGGAUUCCCAGUGCUGCGUGAUGUAG